CAGUUCAACAAAGUAGUCAUGUAAAAAUAGCUAACUCAUUUCAGUGUUUGUCUAAUAUUAUAAACUAACUUGUAACUGAAAAGAUGUUCGGCGGAGACGAUGAAGACGGAGACUUCUUGUCUCCCUCUGGAGGGGCCAAGCUGGCCUCUCUGUUCGGACUGGACCAAGAAGUGAGCCAGGGGAAUGAGUCCUUCCAGUACACGGCGCCCAAGCAGCCCAGAAAGAGCCCCAAUCCAGCUCCAGCUACCCAGAAAUCUGCUGCAUCACCUGGAGCUCCUUCAGUGAUCAUCGCUACGGCAGUCCAAGCCUUCAGAUAUAUUAACGGACAGUAUGCCAAGCAGGGAAAGCUGGGAGCAGCCGUGCUGGGAAACCACACAGCAAAAGAGUACAAGCUGCUUCUAUACUUGAGCCAGCAGAAACAAGUGACCGCUGCUAAGAUUCAAGUCGGCUUCGCUUUCACGGUUCAGCCAAACAACUACUGCACUUUUUAUGAUGACCAGAGGCAGAAUUGGUCUCUGAUGUUUGAGUCAGAGAAAGCUUCAUCAGACUUCUGCAAAGAGGUGUGUUUGGCCAAAGCCAACAGCGCCCCCUCCUUAGAUACAGCAGUGCUUCAGGAUGUGACUCUCGGGGAGGGCCAGGCUGUGGAGAAUGGAGACUCUCUGGAGGUGAUGUACACAGGCUGGCUCCUGCAGAAUCAAACCUUCGGACAGGUCUUUGACUCCAACCAGAACAAAGACAAGCUGCUACGACUCAAGCUUGGAGCUGGAAAAGUGAUUAAAGGAUGGGAGGAAGGGAUGCUGGGGAUGAAGAAGGCUGGCCGUCGUCUUCUUAUUAUCCCACCUAACCUCGCCUACGGAUCCAAGGGAAUCCCUGACCGCAUCCCGGCUAACAGCACUCUGAUUUUUGAAGCAGAGCUUCGACGGGUAAAGUUUUCCAAGGACAGUGGGUCUGAUCGGUCCAGCACCAGAGACUCGGCUGCUCCCUCCCCAGCUCCGUCCCCAGCCCCCAGUGUGGAGAAUCUGGCUCCAGAGGCCCCAGUACAGCCGGCUGCCUCGGGCCCAGGCAGACCAGGGGAGCCGCCACUUCGUGCAAAGUCAAACUCCCUCAGUGAACAGCUGGCAAAUCCAGACGCUACAAAGGCCAAGCUGAUCUCUCGCAUGGCGAAGAUGGGUCAGCCCAUGUUGCCUUUUCUGACAGGAGCGACCAGCCAACCGGAAUCGAGCGACUCUGAGCUGGAGGACACCAGCGGCAUCAGAGUGAAGGAACAACCUGCUGCUCCGUCUCCCGUGCAGAUCUCCACUGCUGCUCCAAGUUCAGCACAUGUUCCUCCUGCAGUACAUCCCCAUCCUCACACUGCUCAGCCUUCUGCCUUACUUCCUGUCAUGACCACUGUUGCCCCACAGCCUGGGUUACCAGGCAACACCCAUGCCUUUCAGCCUUACCCCUACUCACAGACCUCUGCAGCUCCAACCCAGCUGCAGCCUGUUGGCCAGGUGUACCCUGCACAAACUGUUCCCUACAUGGGCUCCAGUGAUGUGACUUCCUUCUUGAUGACCGAGGCUCGGCAGCACAACACAGAGAUCCGGUUAUCUGUGGGAAAAGUAGCGGAUAAAGUGGAUCAGCUGGCCUCAAAGAUAGAUGAUCUUCAAAGACAGGGAAGCGUCUCCAUGGGUGUUCCUAAUAUGUCGAUGGAAACCUCCAUGAUCAUGCACAACAUCCAAAGAAUCAUCCAGGAAAAUGAAUGUUUAAAGAAGGAAGUCUUUGAGAAAAGCUCUCGUAUCGAGGAGCAAAACCGCAAGAUCGGUGAGCUCAUUAACCAGAACCAGAGCUACAUGGAGCAGAGCAACCUGCUUCUGGAACAGAGGAACGACUCCCUCAAAUCCUCCAGUGAACAGAAUCAGGCCCGACUACUACAGGCAGAGCAGGACAAGGUUCGUCUGACGGAGGAUCUGGCUUCGGCUACAUGCCGGCUGUCUCAGCUGCAGCUGGAAGCUUCGGUGCAGCAGCAGAAGGCUGCGGAGCUGCAGACUAAACUGAACUCAGCGCUGCAGGACUCUGAGAGCCACUGCCAACGCAUUGCCGCCCUGGAAACACAGCUGGAAGAGCUGAAGGAGGCAGCAGAGAGAGCCCAGGCGCAGUACCGCUCAGAGAAGCAAAAACGCAAAGAGAUGGAGCUGAGAGUCAACAACAUGGAGGAGGAACUGCAGGACCUGAAGACUGACAAAGAGAGCCUGGAACGAACUCUUUCUGAAAGGAAGAAGAAGUGGCAAGCUGAGCGCCAGCAUCGGGAUGAGGAGGUGGAGGAGCUCCGCAGGAGCAACCAACAGGAGCUGGACAACCUCCGAGUACAGCUUCGCAAAGCCAGGACUAGCACUGACCACGCCGCAUCGGAACAGUUGUCUCAGCUGCAGGCGGAGCUGGAGGAGGAGUGGAAGGGGAAGUGUGAGCAGGCAUUGGCCUCGGCUAAAGAGCAGCACAGCAGAGAGGCGGCUGAGCUGACAGAGCAGAGAGACACUCUGCAGGAGAGGCUCACACAGUUACAGGAAAAGUUUACGGUUAUGAAGCAGUCGAGAGAUUCAGAAGACCAGAGUUUGCUGCAGCAGCGGGGGCAGACUGAGGAGCUGCAGGCCCUUCAGGAGAAAUACUCAGCCCUGGAGCAGCAAGGAGCAGCUGUGAGGGAGAAACUGGAGAGAAGAGUGGCCGAAGUGGAGAAGAAACUGACCGAGCAGGAGAAUUCAGGAGAUACUGCAGCAGAGGUGAAGCGUGUGAUGAACGGCGUGUUCCAUUCUCUGCGAGGGGAGUUUGACCUCAAUGAAUCUUACAGUGGCCAGGCUGUGCUGGGGGUGAUUGUUAGUACCAUCAAAAAUGUAACUCUGCAGCUGCUCAGCGGCACAGAAAGAUCCUCGCUGAGACCGAGCAAGAAGGACGAGUCAGCAGAGGAAGAGGAGGAAGCAGAAAGUGAUGAUGUGCAACAAAAAGAGGAGAGAGCUCCGCAGAAUGCGCACAUGAACGGAGACAAAAGAGUCAGAGAGGAAGAGAAGGAGGAAGAGCGAGAGGUCGAAUCGAAGUCUCAUCAGCUCAGCGAGACCCAGGAAACAGCAGCAACGGCAACAGAAACAGCAGUGGAGGAAACAGAGACAGUUACUGAUUCAGAGAUGCAAAACCAGUCUGAGGCUUCCCAGGCAACAAAUCUGGUUUCAUCCACUGAAUCCAAACCACAGGAGGCCCCAGUUACUGAAGUAUCACAAGUACAGCAGGAGCAGGAAGAACAAUCCGUUUCUGAAACAUCUGCUGAGAAUAAAGACAGCAGUCAGUCUGUAGCUCCGGACAACGAAGCUCAUGUGAUUUCAUCAGCUGAGGUCAGACAGGAAACUGAGUCAGAAGCAAACCAGGUGGACAGGGAGAGCGUGAAUGAUGGAGAGCAUCAAGAAGAAAGUAAUAUUACUUCUAAGAAAGCCUUCGGACCCCCUGCCAACCCACCUCCACCACCGAAUGCACCUGAGAGCAAGCCGGGAGAAAACACAAGUCUGACUGGGGGAAUGGGUGAGGAAAAUGGAGAGGAGCCAUUUUUCCAAAGCACAGCCCCCACCAAACCCCCUGCACCACCCAGCGAGGAGGAAGAGGAGGAUGAGCUGAGCUUGAAGGGGCGUCCGCCGCCAGCUCCACUGUUUGGUGAUGAUGAGGAGGAGGAGGAUCUGGACUGGCUGAACUGAUCUGAGCUGCAACUAGAAUAUUUCAUUACUGCGUCUUAAUGAUCAACAUUAAAAACAGGCGUGUGGUGCUUUACCAGCUGCCUCUGCUCCGGCGCAGCAGUGAAGACGAUAAGUGGAGCCUCUGCUGAUGAACUUGAUUAGACAGAGCAGACAGACAGCCUGGCUCUUCACCUCUACAUCGACCUGCUGCUGGCUCACAACUGCUGCCACAGCAUCCCCGGAGAGCCAAAUUACAAUCUAAAAACUCUGAUUUUUGGUUCAUAUUACAAGCCUGUAAUUCACAGAGGAAUCUAAAGAAAAGCUUUACAUUUAUUAGUUAUGUGAUAUCUGUCGGUUUACGAUUUAAUCCCAAAUUUUUUUAUGUGGCACUGUAGCAGAUACAUUUGUUGAAUCAGCAAUAAUUCUGUUGUCAGUGUUUUCAGACUAUACCUUGACAUGGUUUUUAAUUAUUAGCUUGCUGCUGCUUUAAAAUGAUAACUUUUAAACAAUUUUUUGCUAACUUGAAAAUCAUCCCAGGAAAUAAAUGACAUGGAAAAUGUGGCCUUUUAUCUCUCCUCUUUGUUUUGUUGUGUGAGUUGAAUCUGCUGUGUCAGCAGUAGUUAAAAUGGAUUAUAUGAGGUUAGUCCCGUAGUACAUAUUUCAUAAACCUUUCAAACAAAUCAGCCUGUCCUUAAAUCCUGUAUCUUGAAUUUGAUUUCAUGUCAGUCAUUAAAAUUGAGUGUAUUUGUGUGUCAAUGAAUUGAUAUUAAUGUUGAAAUGAAUUAAUAUUGAUUAAAUAGUUUAUAAAAUAUG